UUUUUUUUUUAAUACUUAUCGUUUUCUUUCUUCAUUUUUUUAUACCAUGAAUAAAGACACACCACAAGAAAUCAAAACACAUAAAACCAACCUGGAUAAAUAUUAUGAAUAUCGAAUUUAUGAUAGAAAUAUUGGAGAUAGGAUCUAUAAUUCAUGUUCAGAAUAUGCGCCUUGCCCUAUAGUAGUCAUGUCAAGACACCAAGGGUUUUUAUGGAAUGAUGAGCUGUUUGUCAGCGCUUAUCGACGCCGUGCAGGCUACGAGUGCCACAAGAGUAUUAGCCUGAAAAAAAAAGAAGAUAAGCUCAAAUCUACGUCUUUUAUUAACCUUGUGGAACACGAACGUUAUGAUCAUGCAGAACAAGACAACACUGAACGUUUGCCUGACGUGAUUGAGAUCAAAUUGACAGAAGCUGACUGUGAUGUUUGGCCAUAAUUUUGCUUUUAAUAUUGCUGGUUUUGUCAAUUAUAUAAUAAUAAAUACAUAGGGUAAUAAUAAAGAAAGAAAAAGGAAAGUGUUUGAGAUCUACUCAUUCACCCAUGAACCACCUCUUUUUAGCCAUUUAGCUAGCAAGACAGUGAUAUCUCUUACAACAAAACCACCAAUUAAGUUAGUAAUGAUUGUACAAAUCUUGGUUAAUUUCAUUAUCAGCACAUCAUGUUGAGGUUGUUUUGACUUUCUCUUUUCAACACAAUAAUAGUCGAGCCAAUGUUCUAUAUUAUUUUAGCAUAUUUUUAAUUUGCUUAAAUAACUACUUACCCAAGACAUGAAUCUUUAAAAAC